AUGCCGCUAAAAAGAGUCACAGAGUUCAAAUACUUGGGGCACACUGUAACGGAGGACUUGUCUGAUGUUAAUGACAUAGAAAGGGAGCGCAGGGCGCUGGCAGUCCGAUGCAAUAUGUUAGCCCGCAGGUUUGCACGGUGUAAUAUGGACGUAAAACUGACCCUAUUUAAGGCAUACUGUCAAACAUUUUACACAUGCAGCUUGUGGGUGACAUAUACGCAAAGGGCCUAUAGCGACCUGCGAGUCCAAUACAAUAAUGGGUUUAGGACACUGAUGGGGCUGCCGCGUUACUGCAGUGCAUCACUGAUGUUUGCUGAAGCGCAUACAGAUGACUUUUAUGCUAUAAUGCGAAAAAGAGCAGCAUCAGUUAUGCACAGAAUGCGCGAGAGCUCCAACAGCAUAUUAAAAACGCUGGUGGAAAAUGGUGGAAAUCCAUUUAUGAAGCACUGGGUGCACUUGCAUAUGCACUCACGGUGCUUCAUAAAUGGUAGAUACUGUCAUUACUAA